UUACCGUGAUUGCCUUAAAUUGACAAUGUGUCCUAAUGUAUCAACUUCUUGCCACUUGGGUGAAUGCUCAAAUUGCCCGGGAACUACGUUCAUCAAAGAGAAUUUGGUCAAGUCUUUUGACCGAGAAUUUGUGGAGGAGGUCCAAUUUGAAUCUUGGCUGCAGUCUGAAAGGUGCACAUUGAAAACAGUUAUCUUAAGUGUGGACGAUUUUGUGGAAGAAAUUUGUACCGGAUUGGUAAACUUGAGAACCCAUGACUUUCUAGUCAAGGAGCAGCGGUCAUUCUUCGAAAAUUUGAAGAUACAUUUGCAGGCAGGUGAAUUCGUUAUUUCAUACGAUUUCGCAGAAGACUAUAAAUAUGUUAUCCAGGAUGCCAUACAAGCAUUCCAUUUCAAUAACGACCAAGCAACUAUAUUUACAAUAGUUAUUUACUACAUGAAAGAUGGAAAACUGGAACAUAAAAGUAUGGCAAUCAUAUCCGACGAUUUGAAGCAUGACGCCGUUGCUGUUUAUGAGUACCAGAAGAUAAUACUAAAUUAUCUAAAAUCCGAAUUCACAGUAGCGAAGGUAUACUACGUUUCGGAUGGAGCUCGUCAGCAUUUUAAAAACAAAAGUAGCUUCGCAAAUCUUAUGGCUCAUGAAACAGAUUUCGAUACACCAGCUGAGUGGCAUUUUCAUCCUACUGCUCAUGGUAAAGGAGCAUGUGAUGGGCAAAGAAGUACUGUAAAGAAACUGAAAUAAUUUUUAGUAGCAAAGAUGAUCAUGCGGAAACUGCGAAAUCACUG